AUGUCAACCAUUCAACAGCGCAAAAAUGAGAUUUUGGCGAAACGGGCGAAGCUAGCUGAGCUCAAGAAGCAGCGUGAAUUGCGCCAAAGAGAGUUUUCGAAUAAUCGGAAUAGUAUCGGUGAUGCUUCAGAGAUCGCCUCACCUGUCCCUAGUCGUACCGAUAGUCGGGCUGAGCUCGAUGAUUUAAUUUCACGCCUGGUCGACCGCCCAGGUUCAGCUUCCCUUAGCCAUGGUGCGGAGGGCCCGUCGCGAAAAGGAAGUCGCCCCAACUCUGUUCUCAGUGCCAGUCAACUUAGUGGUGAUAACGUGGAAACCCAAUCGCCAUCAUCUCGGCCACCCUUGCAGUCUGUCGCUGUGCAAACGAUCGGCGAUGGACAGGCAUACACGUACUCCGCGUCGGAGAUUCAGACCACGCCUGCCCCUGAACCAAAGCCAGAGCUUGUCACGUACAGCAAGGCCAUUCAGACAGAUGACUUGCAAUCGCCACCUCGAUCUGAACCCGGCUCCGAUGCUGAGGAUGCUGAGGGAGACGCUGGCGUCUCAAGAUCGAGUAAGCGACUGAGUCGGCGGGACCGGGAGCGCGAUGAGGAAAUUCGGCAGAAGAUUCGCAAAGAGAUCGAGGAAGAGCUACAGAUGGCAAACAGAGGCACGGGGUCUGAUAGCAUGACACAUUCAACGCAAGUCCGCUAUCCAAUGCGCAUGCUCGACGAUGAUGAAUUAAAGGCAGUCACCUCGUCCAACGAUUUCUUAGACUUUGUUGAGCGUUCCUCCAAGGUGAUUGAGCGGGCAUUGGACGAAGAAUAUGACGUUCUGGCUGACUACGAGCUUGGCAUAAAUGGAGACAUGGAAGAGGAUGAAGAAACUGGAAAGAAGAGGCGGGGAAUUCGAGAAGUCUGCCAAUUCUACGAUGAACGUUGGAGCAAGAAGCGCAUGAUCACCGAUCUCAGUUUUUCUCCAAAGUUCCCUGAGCUUGUUCUCGCCUCAUACACCAAAAAUCCAUCAGCUCCUCAUGAACCCGAUGGGCUUGUCCAGGUUUGGAAUCAGCAUCUGCACUCUCGGCCCGAAUAUGUGUUUCAUUCUACUUCCGACAUUCUCACCGCGAAAUUCUCACCCUUCCAUCCUAACUUGAUUGUCGGAGGUUCAUAUUCGGGCCAGGUGCUUCUAUGGGAUACUCGAUCGUCACGGGCUGGUGGCGGCGCCCCCGUGCAAAAGACCCCAUUGACCGGCUCCGGACAUACUCAUCCCGUCUACAGCAUCUCGAUCAUUGGUACUCAAAACGCACAUAAUAUCCUGACUGUCUCCACCGACGGAGUUGUUUGUGGCUGGACGGUCGACAUGCUAUCGCAGCCGCAAGAAUACCUGGAGUUGACGACCCCUCCCCCAUCCAAAACAGAAGAUCUCGCGCCCACAACCAUGUCUUUCCCUCAAUCUGAUCCUACUUUCUUCAUCGUCGGUACGGAGGAGGGGGGUAUUUAUCCCUGCCAUCGUUACGAUCGGGCAGGAGCUAAGGCUGGGACUGACCACCGCCUCGCAUACCGAGGGCAUGGAGCUCCGAUCAUGUCUACGGCAUUCCAUCCUGCCCGCGGUCCAGUUGAUUUGGGAGACCUUAUGCUGAGCUCCAGUCUGGACUGGAGUGUUAAACUUUGGCGCGUGCGACCCCCCGCGACCACUGCGGCUUUGACAUCCGGAAUGGCUCCGGCCCAAGUCGUCUCGCCUAUUUUGGACAUUGUUCGUGACGAUGUGGUCUACGACGCGCGGUGGUCACCCCACCGACCCGGAGUGUUCUCGCUCGUCGACGGUGCUGGCAACGUCGAAGUGUGGGAUCUGUACACAGACACUGAGGUCCCCGUCGUUCGGACCUCCCCUUCGCGUGGCCCCGGCGUAGUACCAUCACGCAGUCUCAACAAGGUCGCCUGGGAAGAGCGUGAAGGCCGACGCCUCGCGACUGGUGGCCUUAACGGUGUCGUCACCGUCUUUGAGGUCGGCAAGGGGCUAGGUGGGCCGUCCGAAGAAGUCCCCUCUGAGGAAUGGGCGGGUAUGAAGCGAUUAGUGGGCAAACUGGAACAGAAGGAUCGAGCGACUUAA